GAGUUCCAAUUCACUAUAGAGCAUUGUCCGGGACGAGAAAAUGAUCUACCCGAUGCACUGUCCCGACAACCCGCUCAUAAAUAUGAGACAGUCCCACUGCACAAUUGGGAGGAGACUUUGCCUCCAUCACCUUCACCACUGCGCCGACCACCUCAGCACCAUCUCCAAAUUAUCAAGCAUGAUAAUAGUUUGGAGAGACUAAUGGCUGAGCAACAGAAGGACCCCGAGGUUCAUCAAUUAAUAGAAACUUGCCCAUCCACCUGGAAAGAGGACCAAGGGAUAAUAUGGCAGAGCUGCCAACCAUUACGGAUUUUCCGUAAUUAUUACGGAUUUUAACCCCGAAUUACGGAAUUACGGAACAUCGCUAGUUUAUUACGGAAACGAGGCUUUGUGCUGCAUGGUAACGGAAAAAUUUACGUUUCUGCUGUGCGUGUUUCGUGAACGCUGUUUGAAUACUUCGCUUGGUUGCUCAAAUAACGGAACUAGUAAGUGUGCGCAUGUUCGAUGUACUGUCGAAAUAAGUAAAUUAAUUCUCGUGUUUUCAAAUAAUAAUGGGAUGGUAUUACGUCCGUUGUACGAUACAACUAGUACAUAUCCUCGGACUUAUCGUUUGAAGGCUACUUACAUCACAAUAAUUUUUGUACGGUACUUUGGCUAACCUGUGUUGUAUUAAUUUGUUUCUUGAAAGCCAUUUUUUUCAUCAUAGUGUUUUUGUCCGGUUUUUGUCGUGUCUACAGACGUGAAAAUUUUUUUAUUUUUUUCGAUAGUGUUGUGUUCUUCAGUGCCGGUUGUAGAAAUGAAGCGUGUGACAGAAUAAUGUGCAUCUGUGGGAAAAAACACGCAAGACUUCAGAACUUUCCACUUAAAUAUUCAAAAGAAUGGCCAUGAUUGUCGUUUUCAAAUGUUUGGAACGCCACGGUUUUGUAAUGUAUGCGCGUGUGACUUUUCGAUUGCACAUGGUGAAAGGGAUGACUGUAGACGGCAUAUUGAAUCAAAGAAACAUGCAGAACAUUUUAAAGCCGUGACUAGCAAUAAAUCUAUAUCUUCGUUUUUUCGCUACAUCUGAAGAAACGAAAGUAACGAACGCAGUUAUUGUUUACAAGUCCUUGUGUUUGUCUUGUUUGUUUACAUGACAUUUCUUAUCGAACCAGGAUAAAAGAAGCAAAUAAAAAGACAGUUGUUUUAAAGUUUAACUUUGAAUACAUUGAAUUGAAGAUUCAAAAUAUCCAGUAAAAUUAUUAAUAUUUCUUACAUAUUCAGAUGAUUGUAUUGUUCAAAUAGAUUUUUUUAUGUAUUAAUUUGCAUUGUAUUCAUAUUUUUCUUUUUCUUUUGCAUAUUAUUGUCGUUGUUUUAUCUUGUGAGUGUGUUAUAAUGCCCCAGGAAAAAUUUAUCGUGCAUGAUUGACGCGUACUUUUUUCAUAUACCUAAUUGCCAUUACUGAUGGGUGUGAUUUGAGGUUGGCAGCUCUGAUAUGGUACCACCCCAACCAAAACACCGAAUGGAAAAUAUGGGUACCACGAUCCCUACGAGUAUCCAUCUGCCAACACUUCCAUGAUCACCCAUUGGCAGGACACCCUGGCACCCACGAAACAAUUCGAGAAAUCCAGAGAAGAUACUCCUGGAGAGGAAUGACCCGGGACAUACGAGAACAUGUCCGCCAAUGCCACAUGUGUGCAGCAACCAAAGCAAGUGCUACACAACACCCUACAGGAACACCGAGGCACCCAACAACACCAUGGAACCAAUUAGCCCUAGACCUGAUGGGACCUUACCCCAGAAGCACGACUGGUAAGUGCUUCCUUCUCGUCGUCACAGACCUUUUCUCACGAUGGGUCGAAGCCUUUCCCCUCGCUAAAGCUGAUUCAUCUUCUAUCUUAAAGAAACUCCAAGAUGAAGUGUUCCCUCGAUGGGGAUACCCCAAAAGCAUACUUACGGACAAUGGGGUGCAAUUCACUAGCAAACUAUGGGCCAACACUUGCGCCAAAUGGGAAAUAGAAACCUGGGCCACUCCAGUUUACCAUCCCCAGGCAAACCCUACUGAGCGCCGUAAUCAGGAACUGAAGAAAGGGCUCAGGUUGCGUACCGCGGGCAAUCAUCGCCACUGGGAUCGCUACCUGGGAGAAAUCCUCUUCACACUGCGGCGUAGACACAAUGAAGCAAUCGGAACCAGCCCCAGCGAAUUGAACUUGGGACGACAGAUCCAGAGACCCGGAGAUUGGAAAUGGAGUUCCAACCCCACAUACCGCCCUUCAGCCGAACAGAUCCGUCUAAGAGCUGCCACCAGAGUAGAUGCCGCCCGAAAGGCUCAACUAGGGUACCUAGCCCGCAAGUAUCCUACACCGAAGAAUCUGCCCAACCACCAGAUUGCUGAAGGACAAAUGGUACUAGCCAAGACCCAUCCACUCAGCAAUAAACCUAACCACUUCUGCGCCGGAUUCGCACCAAAGUGGGAAGGACCCUACCAAGUCCUCCAGCGACAAGGAAAUGUCUACUGGAUAGAGGACCCACAUGGGAAAAUACGGAAAAUAUCUCGUGACCAGCUCAAGCCAGCACCAUCAACUACUAUACCGAGAGAAGCUCCCAGUCCUCCUCCCACACAAGUAAGAAGAAGAGGCAUCCUCACCCCAGCAAUGGAAAAUCAGGAAGAUGAAGGUUGUCCGAGCUCAGUAGCUGACAAUAGAAACCGGCAAGUCACCACGGGAAAAGCAAGUAAUCAACCCAUCAUCUUGCCCUCUGUAACCAAGGGAACUUAUCCUUCCAUGGCUUUCCAGCCAGGAGGUGCAAUGCCAACCACGAACCCAUGGAAAGCACAGGAGACCCCGAACAGAAUCCCGCUCCUAACCACUCCAAGGGAGGUUCAACCAACCCAGUUCCAGGAUAACCAGGGCUGGACCAACCACUCCAAGGGCAAGGAUCCAGAACAUCUUUCAGGGAAAAGACAACCAACCGCUCCAGAGCAACCGUGUACCUCAAGGCAGCCCCUGAACUCCGAGCAAUUCAACACAGGUCAGCACCCAAAACCAACGGAGCUCAUACAGCAGAGGCCAGUCAAGCCCCAACUAGGCCUCUACCAGCCUCCACAGCGUCGCCAGAUGCCAUGGCGGAGCUGCAAGGGAGACCCCAAGGACCUACCAGGACGGUACCGAGAGACAGUUUGGCGGCCACCAAACAAACGGCCUUACCAAUGGCCGAAUCUUACAACCACCGGCAGCAGUCCCAAUAGGCGUUCCCAGGAGACCACCGGCAGCAGUCCCAAUAGGCGUUCCCAGGAGACCACCGGCAGCUGUCCCAAUAGGCGUUCCCAGGAGACCACCGGCAGCUGUCCCAAUAGGCGUUCCCAGGAGACCACCGGCAGCUGUCCUCAAUCAGGACUUCCAGAAAGCUGAAGAAGCCAUAUCCGAAGUGAAGCUGGUGGACGGAGAGACGAGCGAGUACGUGAUCCGCUCGCAGCCGACGGACGGCUGCUUGUCGACCCUGGAGACUGCAGCGC